AUGCACCUCAAGACGCGGCCCAAGAAAAUGGCUAUCCUGGCCUCCAGAGAUGCUCAAGUUGAGAGGGCCAACAGAGAUCUGUUGAGGCAGAUGACGAGGAUAUUCACCACCCCGUCGGCCCUACUGCCGGUCCACGAUUCCGCCGACGGGGGCAGUCGAGGGGAGGGUCUCGGGCGGUGCCUCAGCAUCAACGUUCUCUGUAGAAAACGAGAACUCGAGCGAAUCGCGAUGGAAAACAAGACUUGGGUCCGGUACGAGAGGGCAAAGGCUACGCCGGAGGAGUUUAGCCGAAGGGGCGUGACACACCUUAGAAAGCAGGCCGCGUCUGAGUCAUCGAUGGUGAGCAGUGGGGACAUCGGGAGGGAAGAGAAGACGAGUUGUCAUUGUCCCCCACCCUUAGAAGAUAGGGACAACGGCCAAGAUGGCGAUCACCUUCCGAUUAGCGUAUCAGUCCGUGCUGCAACACGCGGAGCUGAAGCGGAAGCAUCUGGUGGGAUCCAGGAGCACCAUGAAAAGACGGCUGCAGCAGCGGCGGUGACAUCGGAAGGGGGUGGUAUAGGUGAUGGUGGUUGCGAUGGUGGCGACAAUGGUCGAGGUGGGUCGCAGUCCGACUACAGUGAAUUUGCAGGUGGACAAGGCGACGAAGAGGAACAGUACAGCGAAUUCGACGAAGAGCAGGAAGAGAGAAGGGAGGAGAAGGAGGAACAGGAACAGGAUGGACAGUACAGCGAGUUUGGAGACGGAUCUAGCACACGCGAAACAGUCGUACAGCCGGGCGAGGCCGAAAGCCGCAGCAGCGAAGUUGAAGAUGUCCGCCAGGAACAGCGUUUAGGCGAUGGGCUUGAAAAUGAAGGAGAGAAGCAGGAUACCAGGGGGGGGAGUGCGGGAGAAGCUAAGGCAGGUCUGGACGAGAAUGACUGCAGCAGAGGGCAAACUGAAGACCCCAAUGGCAGUACUGAAACACGUUGUUCGCCGGAACUUCAACUGGAGUCGGCUCCUGUUGCACUUGAAAACAGGUUGGAUCAGAACGACACCAGCGUCACUGAAACAGCUUCAGGGGCGAAAAGGAUAGAACCAGAGAGAAUCGAGGGUCCGGAGCAGCAACAGCAGGAGCAACAGCAGAAUGGACUAUCUGUCACCAAGGCCCAAGAGGGCGAGGUGGAAACUAAGUGUGACGGACGCGACGGUGGCCGAGGAAGCAUGCGCACUGGAGAGGAUUCAGAAUUGUCGGCUGACAAUGGGUACCGGAGCGAGAGCUUCGACGGUGAUGGGUAUACCACGGACUCCGGCGUGUCCGGUCCGGUGCCAGAGGCACCAUCAACCACGCAGAAGGCGGGGAUGUCGCCUGCUAGUAGCGUUGAACCCCCGAACACGGCAACAGCCUCUUCUGCUUCAACGGACUUGCGUUCUGCUGCUACACCGGAUGGCGACAAUAGCGACGACUCCUGCUCUUCACCACCCCCGCUGGGCACUUCGCCGCUCCUGGUGGAAGACCGAUCACAACCGGGGGGGAAUCCAACGAUACCUCUGGACCCUCCACAGCCACAGGAAGAUCCACCAUCACUCCUAGAGUGCGCGAGUACCGAUGCGGCUGCCAAUAAGGGCCUUUCUGGCGGUGCGUCUACGGCAGAGGGUGUGUCAAGCAGUGGUGUCAACGGCGACGGCAUCGAGAGUCCCGUGUGCGGAACGACCGUGACACCAGCUGCAGCGAACGAACAUUACGAGGAGCGCAACGAAAUGGUUGGGACGGGCGGUUGGAGUAUGGUGCCUGAUGCAUUGCCGCCAUCCAGUUACAUGGAGCAAGUUUCCCUCGUGGAAAGUCCGGAAAAUAUCAUGGAAAACACCUCCCAGGAGGCGUCUAUGAACGACGAUUCAGCAACGACAGGGCCAUUGGCGCAACAAGGGGGCUUGCAACAGCCAACAACAGCCAAUGGUUUGCAAGCGCAAGACUCUUCACAGAGAGUCGGGGAAGACUCGUUCGAAUCAAAUAUCACCUUGAAGUCAAUGCACGAUUCAAAUGAAAAUUCCGAUCCCGCCACAACGGCUACUGUAGUGUCUGGAGAAGAGGAGGAUAGCAGAUACGCUGCAGCUGGCAUCAACGUCGAAGAAUCUGACAAAGCGAACGAACAGUCCGUUGGUGAACAUGGGAAUGAGACAAACGAAGGGGAGCCAGAAGCCGUGCGAGAACCAGCCGCCGAGGCAAAAGAACCCUCUGGCAACGGGACCACGGACAUAGAUCCCAUUGACGAUGGCGUCAAUUCCCCUGAAGAGGCUGCAACUGGUUUUGAUGCUGCUGCGUUUGGUAUCGCCGUUCCUCAUGCCGCUGUCAAAGAAGUGCAGGAGUUUGUUAUCGCCACGGACGAGGCCAUUGCAAGUGGUGCAGGUUCGGGCGAGAGUGUCUCCCCGACCUCAGACAGUGCAGAUGGUGCUGUGAAUGAGGCUUCCACCGGGCGAGAAAGCGCGGCGAACGAAGCAACCGUUGGUCCUGUGUCGUCUGGAAGGACCAACGAACAUGACGGUCCUGAUCAUUCGGUGUCUGUGGGGCAUGAUGAGCCUUCAACAGUUGGCAGAGAGAUGGCGGUAGCUUCGUUGGACGACGAUACCGCAUUGGGGCCAAACGAAAACAAGACAGGGGAGCCCGUUGAAAUCCCCGAGGCAAUAGGAGGGGAAUCGGAAGGCCACCAGGGAAUAAGCACUGACGGGGCGGACGGAAACAGCGUUUACGACGAGGUGUUUGAGGAGAUGAGUAGCAGUACCGAACAAGCCGCCGAGGCGGUGAGCGGUCUGGACGGAUGUGCGACGACGAGCACUGCCGAGACUGGUAAUGUCGUCGCGUCUCUGGUUUCCCCAGGAAAAGAAGACCCCGCUGGUGCUUCUGGGGGGGGCGAUGCUGGGGAGCCGCCUCUUGCACCCACCGAUCGAGUGGGAGAAUCCACGAGACUAAGUCAAAACGACAGCCGGGGGGGGUAA